AUGUCAGAAACUGUGAAUCUAGUUCUAAGUUUAAAUACAAUAGCAACUCAACUAGCGCGUUAUUUGUCCAUAUUCAUCCUUAUAUGUGGAACAAUUGGUAAUAUGUUAAAUAUAAUUGUAUUUUUGCAACGCUCAUUACGUUCGAAUCCAUGUUCAAUUUAUUUUUUAUCGUCAUCGGUAUCAAGUUUAUUCGCACUCUUUUUUGGUCUUAUAACACGGAUAUUAGCCACAUAUCAACUGGAUCCAACUAAUGAGUCACCUGCACUCUGUAAAAUAAGAAAUUUUUUAAUGUUUUCAACAUUAACAACAUCAACAUGGUUUAUUGCAUUAGCAUCAAUUGAUCGCUAUUUUAUUAGUUGUCAAAAUGUUAAACGUCGUCAACUAAGUGGUUUAAAAAACACUUAUUAUCUCGUUGGAAUUUUAACCGUUUUAACGAUGUUAAUCUAUGGGGAGAUAUUUUAUUGUUUUGAAGCUAACCUUUCAACUCCACCAUCACCAAUACCGUGUUAUUUUAAAAAUUAUCCGUGUCGGUUAUAUAAUGAUUUAACAUUUGUAGUUAUAGUUGUGCUAGUACCGGGUUUUAUAAUGUUAGUGUUUGGAUAUUUAACAGUAUUAAAUGUUAGAAAACUUAAACUAUUAGUUGAUGCUACUUCUUCUACUCAAAAUGAUACAAAAAAAAUGAAAAAAUCUGAUCGACAGUUAAUACAAAUGUUACUUGUACAAGUUGUGUUAAUAACAAUGCUGGGAUUACCAAUAGCCAUUCAGCGUUUGUAUGCAACAUUCACAAUAUAUUUAGUUAAAACACAAUUACAAUUAUCAAUUGAAAACUUUGCAUAUCGAUUACUUCUUUUAUUUACUUUUAUAAGUAUGAGUAUACCAUUUUAUUUGUAUUUAUUAACUAGUACACUAUUUAGACAAACAUUCAUGAAUCUAUUUCGUAAAUAUUUAAUAUAUCGAACAACUACAACACAGAUACGUGUUUCUACAUUAAAUACAAAACAAAACGCUGCUGAAGAGACUAAAUGA